AUGGGGGAGAACGUAGACAAGGACUACUUGAAGUGCCAGUUUUGUGAGAGAACUUUCAGAAGGCAAAAGAACCUGGAGAACCAUGUGGAGAACACUCACCAGGGCAAAGGUCCGCUCAAGCCGAGGAGGGAGACCAACGACAUGUACUUUAAGUGCUCUCACUGCCCGUACACAACCAAACAUCAAAGCAAUCUAUACGUACACUUACGGAUUCACACAGGUAAGGAUGUCAUCUAA